AUGCCUCUGCCUGUGCAGGUUUUUAACUUUCAGGGGGCUGUGGAACCUAUGCAGAUUGAUGCAGAUCCUCAGGAGGACCAGCAGAAUGCUCCAGACACGAACUACACAGUGGACAACCCAACGCUGGAUCUUGAACAGUAUGCGACCAGUUACAGUGGACUCAUGCGUAUCGAGAGACUCCAGUUUAUUGCGGAACAUUGCCCACAGCUCCGAGUGGAAGCUCUGAAGAUGGCUCUAACCUUUGUACAAAGGACCUUCAACGUUGACACUUAUGAAGAGGUCUAUCGCAGACUAUCGGAUGCCACACGGUAUUCCUUUAGGGAAGUACAAGGUGUACCAGAGGUACCUCCUGAGGGCGGGGUGGCCCCCCCUCCUUUAGAUUCAGCAUGGGCAGAGUCCACCAGGAAGAAGGCCCUGCUUAAAUUGGAGAAACUGGACACUGAUCUGAAGAAUUACAAAGGAAAUUCAAUUAAAGAGAGCAUUAGGAGGGGACAUGAUGACCUGGGGGAUCAUUACUUGGACUGUGGUGACCUCAGUAAUGCACUCAAGUGCUAUUCUCGAGCUAGGGACUACUGCACCAGUGCUAAACAUGUCAUUAACAUGUGCCUGAAUGUAAUCAAGGUUAGCGUUUAUCUCCAGAACUGGUCCCAUGUACUGAGCUAUGUCAAUAAGGCAGAAUCCACACCAGAGAUUGCAGAGCAACGAGGAGAACGAGACAGCCAAAAUCAGGCAGUUCUUACCAAAUUAAAGUGUGCUGCAGGCCUGGCAGAACUGGCUUCUCGAAAAUACAAACCGGCUGCCAAGUGCUUCCUGCAGGCUUCCUUUGACCACUGUGACUGUCCAGAGCUUUUGUCACCUAGUAAUGUAGCAGUCUAUGGAGGUUUAUGUGCUCUGGCCACGUUUGACAGACAGGAGCUCCAACGCAACGUCAUUUCGAGCAGCUCUUUUAAGUUAUUUCUAGAAUUAGAACCUCAAAUUCGUGAUAUCAUCUUUAAAUUCUAUGAAUCCAAAUACGCAUCUUGUCUCAAGCUCCUGGAUGAAAUGAAGGAUAAUCUUCUGUUGGACAUGUACUUGGCCCCACACGUCCGGACACUUUACAGCCAAAUCAGAAACAGAGCCCUUAUCCAGUAUUUCAGCCCUUACGUGUCAGCAGACAUGACUAAGAUGGCUCAAGCGUUCAAUACAACAGUGGCGGCCCUAGAAGAUGAGCUCACCCAGCUCAUCCUGGAGGGGCUCAUCAAUGCACGUAUUGAUUCCCAUAGCAAGAUUCUGUAUGCGAGGGAUGUGGACCAGAGAAGUACCACAUUUGAGAAAUCGCUCCACAUGGGCAAAGAGUUCCAGAGACGAGCCAAAGCCAUGAUCCUCAGAGCAGCUGUUCUUCGCAAUCAGAUCCAUGUCAAGUCUCCUCCCAGAGAAGGGAGUCAAGGUGAACUGACACCAGCCAACAGUCAAACGAGAAUGAGCACCAACAUGUGA